UAAUUCCCUCUCUCCAAAACCCUCCCAUUUCCCACACACAAAAUCACUCACGCAGAGAGAGAGAGAGAGAGAGGGAGGAGAGAGAGGAGAGAGCAAGCACAACCAUGGCGGCGGCGGCACCACCAGCAAUCGAAUCCGUCCAAUGCUUCGGCCGCAAGAAAACAGCAGUGGCCGUGACCUACUGCAAGCGCGGGCGUGGCCUGAUCAAGAUCAACGGCUGCCCGAUCGAGCUGAUCGAGCCGGAGAUCCUCCGGUACAAGGCCUACGAGCCGAUACUACUCCUCGGCCGCAGCCGCUUCUCCGGCGUCGACAUGCGCAUCCGCGUCAAGGGCGGCGGCCACACUUCUCAGAUCUACGCCAUACGACAGUCCAUCGCCAAGGCCCUCGUCGCCUUCUACCAGAAGUACGUCGACGAGCAGUCCAAGAAGGAGAUCAAGGAUAUCCUGGUGAGGUAUGAUAGGACUCUGCUUGUGGCCGAUCCCAGGCGGUGCGAGCCGAAGAAGUUUGGUGGGCGCGGUGCUAGGGCUAGGUUCCAGAAGUCGUACCGUUAGAGAGAGAAAGAGAGAAGCGAGGUGGUGGUGGUUUAAACUUUAAACUGGUCUAUUUUAAUGUUUUUUGCUAUGUUUAUCGUUGUUAAGGUGAUUACUAUGUGACUGUGUGUGUUUUAUUUUGUGGUUCUGAUGGAGGUACUGAAUUUUUGUUUCAAGGGUUUAGAGGAUUUUGCUUUGGAUAAUAUUGGGGUUUAAUUCUCCCUCUAUGGAUUAGUUGUUGCUUUUAUGAUAAUGUUUAUUUGUUUC